AUGGAUUGCCUUUGUUUUGGAUGGAAUUCAAAGAAACAGAAGACGUUGGAAAAUGAAGAAAUUGAAGACGACGUUGAAGAGAAGAUUCAGAAGAAACCAAAGAAAAAGAAUACGUCUUCAUGCCUUCUACGUCUUCACAUUUCACUUCUGAAUUCGCUUCAAAAAUGGAUCGACCGGAAUAUCGAUGAGCGACGGGCGUCAAGGAAUACACAGAAUUUUGUGAAUACCGUCGAGUGUUUAGGACACAAAACACAAGUGCUCGAUGAGCAAAAGCAGAAAGAAGAACACAUGGGAAUUAACAAUCUAAAAGAAGAAUCAAGAAGUAAGCCAUCAUCUGCCCAUCAUCAGGCAGCGGAGGUACCUAGAUUAAAAUAG